AUGAAUACUCACAACAUUUUUAAAGGCAUCCAAACUACGGCUUCCAUUGGAAAACAGCAGGAAUACUAUCAUGCUGUCAGAAAAUCUGGAGGAACUGACUCUUCUUUACGAAGGACAGAUUUGACUAAAAUAAUGCAAUUGGGUGAAGAUGAUGAAGUUGAAUUUUUAAAUAAUGAUGAACCAGGUUUUGAUCUGACAGAAGAUGAAAUCGAUAAGUUUAAAAUAUGGCGUGGAGGCGUCAUUCCUUAUUACAUUGAUGUUGUUUCUUUUAGCGACAAGGCUCUCCGUGAUCAGAUCCGCGCAGUGUUAGUCUGGAUUAACAGCAGGACGGCGCUCAGCUUCCAAGAGCUGCCUGCACCUCCAGAAGACAGUGAUACCCGUUGGGUGAUUUUCUCUAACCGACGAGGUCAGCUAGGCUGUAGUGAUCAUUCAACCCACAACUUCACUAAUAAGGGUGUGCAGGUUAAUUAUGACGACAAUAUAGGAAGUAAAUCAAAAAUGACUAAAACUGAUAUAGAAAAGUUGAGAAUGCUCUACAAUUAUAUGGUCAAGAAAACUAUGAGAAAAAGUCCAGAAUGCAAGAAGCUUUUUAAAAAAAACCGUAACUUCUAUAAUCUUGUAGACACAGCAGACAAACUUAAACCUAGGAAGAAAUCUUAUAAAUAUCUUGGAAAUGCUGCACCUAAUAAUCCUGACCCUGAAAGCGACAAAGAAACGGAUUAUUUCAUGGAUCCAUUACCUGUUGAAUCGGUAAAUAUUGACGAUGAAACAAAUAAAACAAACGGUAGAAAUAAGCUUCAAAAGAAGAAGAAAAAAGAGAAGUUGUUUUAUUUAGAGUCUGACUUUAUGACCAAUUAA